AUGACUGAUAAAAGCCCUAAAAAAGAAAGUAAAAAUUCUAAAAAAUCAAAAUAUCCUAAAGGUAUUUUAAAGAGUUCUUCAAGCAUAGAUGAAUCCAAGUCAGAAAGUAAAGAAAGUUUAAAAGAGGACAUAAAAUGGGAUGAGAUAAGCAUUUUGGCCACUCUUCAUCCCAUCGGAAAAGAUUAUGGUCAUAUGAAGGUUGACGAACCCAAAACUCCAUUUCCUUACGAUAUGGAGCUCAGUGGCGAUUUAGAUCCAGGCGAACUUACCACAUCCUUAGUUAACGUGGGAGGCAUUAUGAGUCUUCCCGCCGACCUAAAACCUAGCUCUUCUGAAGAUGAAGAUAAUACGCAACAAUCCGUGGAGGACGAUGAGGGUGACGAUGACGACGAUAGCCAAGAAGUAUUCAGAAAAUUUCGACGAAAACAUUAUAAUGAAGGAAAAAUGCUAGCUUUCGGUAAGAAGCUGGCUGAAAAAGAUUUGAAGGCAUUAAAAAUGGAAGAGAAAAAGGAAGCGGAAGGGAGAAAGAAAAAAUGUAGUAAAAAAAAAUCGUCGCGACAUCAUUCUUCGACUCAUUCCAGUUCGUCACACUCCAAUUCUUCACAUUCCACUUCAUCCGAAGCGUCUACCUCUCGCCAUUCAUCGACAUCUUCUAGGCACAAAUAA